AUGGAGAGCUCAGCAUGGCAUCUCUCCCUGAAACUCAGCGACAAACCCAAGGAAGUGUUUCAGUUUCCAGACACUGAACCCGGAGACGUGCGUCCAGGAGGCUACCAGGUGUCGACGCUCAAGCAGCUGAUCUCAGCGCAGCUCUCGGACGCACUGCCCGACCCUGAGCUCAUAGACUUUGUGCACUGCGGCUGCGUGCUGAAGGAUGAUCUGACGUUAGACUCCUACGGGAUCAAGUCUGGAUCAACGCUUCAUAUCAUCAAGAAGACGUGGCCGGAGCCGGAGGUCGAGCCUGAGCCGGUGAACAGAUCUGCUGCUGCCCGAGAGUUCAGGACGCUUCAGGCUGCUCUGCUCUCCAGCGGAACCUACAGAGACGCGGUGUUUAAGAUGCUGGCUAAUAAAGAGUCUCUGGAGCAGAUCAUCGUGGCCUCGCCGGGACUCAGCUCUGACCCCGUGGCUUUAGGUGUGCUCCAGGAUAAGGAUCUGUUCGUUCAGUUCACAGACCCCAAGCUGCUGGACAUGCUGAUCCAGUCUCACCCGGCGCUAGUCAACGCCAUCAUCCUGGUCCUGCACUCCGUGACCGGCAGCAGCUCCUCACGAAACCCUGCCUCCACCUCCUUCAGUGAGAUGCCAGGUACUCACACUCACAUCAAUGUCUUUCAUUUCUUGUCUGUGUGUAAUACUCUGCAGGAGGUGUCUUCCAGCGGAGCGUCAGGAGCUCGCGUCAGCAGCAGUCUGUUCAGUCACGCGCUGCAGCAGGCGCUACAGGCCUCUAGCGUGAGCUCACCUCAGGGCCGCUGGCAGACGCAGAUGCAGCAGUUGAGGGAUAUGGGCAUCCAGGAUGAGGAGGUGGCUCUGCGAGCGCUAACAGCCACAAACGGAGAUCUGCAGGCCGCUCUCGAGCUCAUCUUCUCUGGUGGAGGAGGAGGACUCUGAUGUGUGUGUUUGAUCUUUAGAUGCUGUGAAGUGACCAGCACUGGCUGUUAGUUCACUAUCAAACACACAUCUACCUUUGCCUUAAAACAUGCUUUGUUUGUUUGUUUUUUACUUUAUCUAAAUAAAGUUUAAUUAUAGAAUG